CAUCACGUUAUCAACGUGUUGCAAAACUUGGACCUUGCAUCUUUGAAGAGACUGUUCAUGGCAAGUUGACUGAUUUAGAAAUGGAGAUGCCAGUUGACUUGGAGGAUUUGAAAGAAGUAGUAGUCGGACCUCUUUGA